GAAGAAACAAUAUCAAAGAGAAGCUGAAACACUGCUUGGCAGACUUCACCUUCAAGACAAAGAACAACAGAAGUUGUCACCAGCAGAUUUUCUUAAACUAACUCUCUUACUCUUAUGGACCAGGUGAAGUGCAGUCUAAACCGCUGGAUGUCAUUAGGCCUACCACUGUCAGUUGCAGGUCUGCAGUCAGGAUUUGUCACUCUGCCCCGCCUCUCUCGUCUUGACAGACAGUUUCAGGAUGGAGACGUCCGGAAAGGGUCUCUACCAGACAGCGGUGACUUCAUGCUGACACGUUCAGACUCCCUCACCUCGUUCACUGUAGACCUUGGCCCCUCCCUUAUGACUGAGGUACUGAACUUGAUUGACAACCCCAGCUACCUCCAGAUGUCCAAUCACAGCCAGGCAGCAGGUGAGGAAGAAGAAGGAGAGGAAGAGGAAGAAGAGGACGACAGCUCACUAACAGAGACGCCUGUGCAGAGCCCUGGGGCGACUUCACCCAACCCUUCCAUGGGUAGUGGGUCAUUCAGCAGGAACAUGAACAACAGGGGGCGCUCUGGUAGCUCCAACUGGGCAGAGCAAGAGGAGGAGAGGAGGUCACUGAGGACGCCAGAUGAGUGCACCGGGUCUCCUCUGAGAGCCGAGCCUGCGAUUGAGGCAGAAAGGUUCCAGAGGGCAGCUGACGUGCUGUCUCGCCAUUACGGUGGCGGGUCCUUUACACAGGGAAGGAGGAUGAGCAACGACACCACCUCGCCUGCUUUUUCCCAAAGCCGCAAAACACCGUGUGCCUUUUCUGAAGAGGAGGAAGAGAUCAAAGUCUAGAUGCUGAAAGUCUUUCUGAAAAAAAAGCAGUGACUUCAUUGAUCCAAUAAAACCGCAGAAACCGUCCAGUGACCUGAGUUCUGGGUUCAAGCCAGAGAGGCUGAACAGUGUGAUAUUCUGUUGUUCCUCCACAGAAACAUUCCUCCUCUUCUAACAUGCAGCCACAUGAGGGCGUCAUUGACUAACUACCAGAUCCCGUUCUGUAUUCAGCUUCUGCAGGAUGGAUGCUUGAUGCUGAUCUUGACCCUGGCUGAUUUUAUAGAUUAUUUAAACUACUCUAAAGAUAGAAGUCAUUGAGUGAGUUUAACACCACAAAAUGGAUUAUUUUCAACACAAACUAUUAAUAAUGACUUUUUAGUUUUAACAAAGAUUUAAAAGUCAGUAAAAUAUAUCCCACCUGCAUUAAUCAUACUCACAACAGUUGACUGAAUAUACUGUAUAUACACUGUACAUAAUCACUCACUACAUAAUCAUGAUGUUCAACAGCAAAAUAUAUUUUACAUAAAUACAGAUGUUCAGGUUCAAAGGUCCGAGGCGUCAAGCUGAACCUGAUAUUUGAUGAACAAAGAUUUAUAACCAUCGUGAUAAUUGUGAAUAAAUGAACUGUAAUCAGGAAUAAUGGUGUGAUAAAACCUAAGAUAGUUGUACAAUUACAGCUGAUAUUCCUCUGAAGUCUAUGUGAUCACUGCACCUGUAAUAUGUAUAUAGUACUGUUUAUCAAGCUUUUAUCAGUUUUUUUUUUUUUUAUUAAAAAUGAUAUGGCUGAUGUAAUAAAGGCCUGCUCCGAAAUGUCUGCUAUUUUUUUUUUAAAGAAAAAAAAAGUUAAAUCUACAUUAAAGUCCCUCAGACAGCUGUUAAAGGAUAACUUUGGUGUUUUUCAACCUGGAACCUAUUUUUCCAUGUUUUUAUAUCAAAGUGACAAAUGGGGACAACAACUUUUUUUUUUCAAACGCUGUAACUGGCAGCCGCGAAACAAGUUAUUAAUGUAACGUUACGUCCACUAAAAUUUAUAAAUUAAACUAACUAAUUAAUAAACUAAAGUGUCUGACAACAUUAUGGAAA